AACGUUUCCUUCAACAAUAUCGUAGAAAUUCCCAAAAACACGUUCCCGAAAUUGUAUGAACUGCACACGAUCGACAUGUCCAACAAUAACAUCUCAUUCAUUUACAAUGCAGUUUUUCAAAACUUACUCUCAAUGAGGAAUCUAAAUCUCAGCUACAAUGCCUUGGAAAAGAUUGGACCGUCUAUGUUUGGAACGUUGCCAACGUUAUUGGAUCUGGACAUGAGCCACAACUCGUUGAAAGACAUCACUCGAGGAGCACUGGCCAAAAUAAGUGGAGUAAGGUUCCUGAACAUGGCCUACAAUAAGCUGGAGAGGAUUUUCCAGAUCCCAAUAUCACUGAACCGACUCGAUCUGGCUCAUAACGAAAUUAACGAGAUCCCCGACAAAACUUGGCCUACGAUGAACGCCCUGCUAUACCUAGAUCUAAGCUUCAACAAACUUCAGAACAAUCUACAGCGAGGGAGUUUUGCAGGACUACUCACUCUGCAAACUCUCAACCUGGAAUCCAACGGAAUCACCGAAAUCCCACGGGACAGUUUAUCAGAUCUUGGAACAGUGCAGUACCUACAUUUGAGAGACAACAACAUAACCGUGCUCCCGAAGGCUGCCUUCGGCAAUCUUCCAAUUCUCUUCCAAGUGGAACUCAUGAAUAACGGACUCACCAAUGUCAGUGAAAAAGCCUUCGAAGGACUACUUCAAUUGUUAACGCUCAACAUGUCCGACAAUGCCAUCAGUCACAUUCCCAAUGAUGCGUUCUACGGGCUGGUGUCCCUGAGAAAGCUUGAUAUAUCACGCAACCUAAUUACUUCCAUAGACAACAAAACAAACGGAUUGCUGGACGCUUGUCUAAGUCUCGAAGAAAUCGAUCUAAGCCACAACCGGUUCAGUUUCGUAACAAAGAAAACCUUUCCCUCAGACCCGUACGUGCCCUACCGGUUGCGGAAAAUCAACCUCAGCUACAACACCAUGUCCAUCAUAACCAACGAUCUUAAAGUGGGAACCAAAACCGUACAGCACCUGAACAUGUCCCACAACAACAUCAAAGAAAUCCGUCGUGGGGUUCUGGGAAACCUGACCUCUCUGUUAACAUUGGACCUUUCGCACAACGAGUUGGUCAAGCUGGAGGGCGAUGUUUUUCGGAUGGCAGAGAACUUUUCGGAGUUGAUCGUGCACCAUAAUCGUAUCUGGAAUGCUUCGUAUGAGAAUCUGUUGCGAUUGAGCAAUUUAACACUGUUGGAUCUGCGAGAAAAUGAGAUCAGGAAUUUCGACAAUGAGUUGGUCGUUAAAAUGAAGUCGACUAACUUGAGCGUACUGUUUGAAGGAAACCCUCUGCAGUGCGACUGCUACAGCCGGCCGCUAUACAAUUACCUCCGGACGCUUCCCUUGAUCCGGCCCGAAUACGAAGCGAUACGCUGUGCGGAACCCUCGACAACGGCCGGCAUGCCGCUGAUAGGCGUCAGCGACGAGCUACUUUCGUGCGUGCCGGCUUCCGAUUUGGAAAUCUACCAGCUGCUGCCGGAUUUACGGUUCCGGGAGGUCUCCUAUUUCCGUGGAAAACUGAUCGUGCACUGGUUCGUGAGCUCGACGAAGGACAUUGCCGACUUCUACGUGUACAUCCGGGAUCGGCAGAACAACAUCGUCUUCGAGCGGGUUGUUUCGUACAGCAGUCGACUGACGGCCAUUGCCGGGGAAGAAAUCGCCGGUUCCGGUUCCGGUUCGUCGUUGGAGCUGUGCGUGCUGGCCAAGAGCAGCAGCGAGGAGCUGAACUUCCUCGAGAGCCAAUGCGUACAGCUGCCGGACGAUCUGGAAGCUGUCAAGCGGAAGUACAACGAAAACUACAACUACAAACUGCCGUUGAGUUUAACCGGCAGUCGAGGAGGCGCGGGACGUUCCAGUAGCUGUGAUAUUGAUGUAAAUAGCUUAGUAGUCGUGCUAGUUAGUUUCCUAAGUGCUGUGUUCAACUUGAUUCGGUAGCGCUCUCGACUCGGGAGCUCUCCCUAGCGUAUGUACAUUUUUAUAAUUUUUUGUAGAAAAAUUCAAAAUUAAAUAGGUAUUUAUUAGUAAAAAAAAACG